AAGUUUAAGGGGAAUUAAUUAGGGAUGAUGAUGAAGCAUUCCGCGCCUAGCUACCAGUAGGAAACCAUUGCCACAAUUAUGGCUGAGGGAAUGAGCGGAAUAAAUGAUUACAAAAGGAAAUAGGAGAGUAGGAGACGCCUACCCAACAAGUCCUGUGACCCUAGUUUAAGGUACCCUGUUACUGAUAAACCACGGGAGGGACCCAGGAGAAUAAAUCCUGACAUUCUUUUCUUCCCACCCUGUCCUUUAACAUUCAUCUAGUACUUCCUGUUGACCAGAGAAGAAGGAGGCCUGGUUGAGGAACACCGUGGAAGCCCUCCAUGGAGGAGAAGAGUGAGAAUGUAUCUGAAGGGCUGAAAGGAGUAUAUCUUGCUCACUUUCCAACACUUUAUUAAAUUGUUUUUCUUGGUAAGAUGGUGAGCACUCCUAUUUUGGAAAAGAGAGAACACAGGAGAAAUAAGUAAAUUGUCUUCCAACUUAUUUGUACACGUAAUGUUUAUUGACCUCCACUCUGGGUCAAACAUUAAAGUAGAUCUGGGGAUAAAGAGGUGAAGAAGGCAGAUACAGCUUUUCUUCUCUGUGGCUUAUUUAAAGGGUUUUUGAAUGGAAGAGUGAGGUGAUUUGGUCUUAAUCUGUAUAUCAACAGUGUGUAAAACAAGAACUAAGAGUUGGUUAGAAGCCAUAGCUCUUAACCACUGCCCCACCAGGGCCCCUCAUUAUGUAUAUAUAUACACAUAUAUACUUAUGUGUGUGUGUGUUUCUAUGUGUAUGUGUUGUUUUUGUUGUGUGUUGUGGGGUUGAUUUUUACUCAUAGUGACCCUAUACGACACAGUAGAACUGCCCCAUAGGGUUUCCUAGGCUGAAAUCUUUAUGAGAGCAGAUGGCCAGGUCUUUUCUCCCACAGAGUGAUUCAUAGGUUUGAACUGCCAAUCUUUUGGUUAGCAGCUGAGUGCUUAACUGUUGUGGCACCAGGGCUCCACACCCACACAUAGAUGAGUUCCCUAACAUUUCUUGCUGGCCGAGAAGGAAUUAGGUUUAUUACAUGAUAAGCUCCCUCUUCCUGGAUAUCCUCCAGCAAAUGUCCAGUGACCACUUGUCAGAAUAUGUUGUAGAUGGCAUUCCAGCACCAAUAGAAAAAGCUGGAUUAGACAGCCUCAAUGGUUCUAAUCUUUAUGUAAAAUAUAAAUUGCUUGUUUUUUUCUCUUCUUGUGUACCAUAAGGAAAAGAGUUUGUAUUAUUAAAAUGCUUUGUUCUUAUUUGCAAGCCCAAAAUCUCAUCACCCUGCUUUAAUAAUGUUGUCUUUACAGGAUAAUCCCAAUUUCUGUGUCCAUCAUCACCAUUGAAAUGAAAUAAAACAGGAUGAAUGUGACUGAUUUAAUUCUAAUAGGACUUACACAGAAUCCUCAGAUGCAGAGAAUUCUAGUUGUUGUUUUGUUUAUCAUCUACAUUGUCACUGUUACAGGAAACCUGCUCAUUGUGGUCACCAUAAUCUACAGUCAGACAUUUAAAACCCCAAUGUAUUUUUUCCUGGCCUUCUUAUCUUUGAUAGAUGCCUGCUACUCCUCUUCCACACUUCCUAAAAUGCUAGCUGACUUGCUCUCUGAGACAAAAACCAUCUCCUUCAGUGGCUGCAUGACACAGAUCUUUACUGAACAUUUCUUAGGUGGUUCUGAGGUUGCCCUCCUUGUGGUCAUGGCCUAUGACCGUUACGUGGCCAUCUGUAGUCCUCUGCACUAUGUGACCAUCAUGAACCACCAUGUAUGCUGCCUUUUGGUGGGGGUGUCUUGGACAGUGGGUUUUCUCCACUCCAUUGAACAGAUUCUUGUCACUUUCUGGCUCCCAUUCUGUGGCCCCAACAUUAUGGAUCACUUCACGUGUGACGUCCUUCCCCUGAUACAACUUGCCUGCACAGACACAUUCCUUGUUGGUCUCUUGAUUGCUGCCAAUGGUGGGGUAAUCUGUGUAAUAACCUUUGUAAUGUUGUCGAUAUCCUAUGUUGCUAUCCUAUAUUCCUUGAGGACUCAGAGCUCUGCAGGGAGGAAAAAGGCCCUCUCUACCUGUGGUUCCCACAUCACUGUUGUUGUCUUGUUCUUUCUGCCCUGUAUUUAUAUAUAUAUGCGACCAGUAGCCACCUUCUCCAUGGAUAAAGCCAUAACUGUAUUCUAUACUCUUGUCACUCCCAUGUUAAAUCCCAUUAUCUACACAGUAAGGAAUGCAGAAGUAAAAAAUGCCAUCAAAAUGUUACUGAAAAGAAAUGUAAUUUCAGAUAAUAAAUGACCCAAUAUGAAGAUUUUAUUUCUAUCAUAAUCUUUACAUUUUUGUUUUAUGUUACAUACAUAUAUGUGUAAGAAUGUAUAUGUUUGUGUGUGUAUAUAUAUAUGUAGCUCUUUCUCACAUUUAUCACUUAACUUCUAUAGAACCUUUGUGCAAGAAUGGCAUGGAGGUGGUGUCUGACCUUCUCUAUCUUCACAAAGAGGAAGAAGAAUCAAAAUUAGCAACCCCAGCCUGAUUCCUUGCUGAAGUCAGGCAUGCCUCCUCUCUCCACCAUCUUUACUAAUUCUGACACCAGCUGCCCCUCCUAUGGCACUCUCUACUUCUGUGCUGGGUUCAAUAAUUCAUUGCAAUGGCCACACAGAACUCACAGAAAAUACCCACUAUUAUGGUGUUUAUUAGGGAAGUAACAGUUACAAUUCAGUCCCAAGAACAUUCAAGAUACAGUUCUUCCAUAAGAACAGCCUCUUUCCAGCUGUGCUGAAAGGCAUACCUCUCCCUGUUCCUAGACAUAUGCCCAAAAGCACUCAACUUUCUCCAUGAGCCUGGAAACCCACCGGGCAGUUGCCUGCUGCUGGGUGUCUCCUGCUGGGUCUUUUCUGCCACUGCUUCUCACCAUCUUCAGGGUUACAGCUCACUCUCUCUGUUGGUCUCCUGCUUCCAGGAGCUUCUCAGCACAGGGACCCCGGGUCCAAAGGGCGUGCUGGCUCCUGGCUGUUCUUCCUUGGCAGGUGUGGAAUCUUCUUUUUCCCCCUCUGGGGUGGCUGAUUUCAAGCCCAGCAGGAUGGCAAACCUGACCAAUCCCUUUGGUGGGCCAUAAUUACUCUACCACUCAAUCACACCAAUCACUUGGGUGGGGAUUACAAGACCAUGGCUAUAAAGUCCUCACAAAAGUCACCCAUCACACCACACUUUGCAACAAUUAUUCUGAUUUCACAGAUGAAGAGAAAUAAAGUUAAAAGAGGUUAAAUGAUCAGCCCAAAGUCCGAGUCAGAGCUAUUUGGAUUUUUUUUUUUUAAUUUUAUUAAGCUUCAAGUGAACGUUUACAAAUCCAGUCUGUCACAUAUAAGUUUACAUACAUCUCACUCCCUACUCCCACUUGCUCUCCCCCUCUUGAGUCAGCCCUUUCAGUCUCUCCUUUCGUGAUAAUUUUGCCGGCUUCCCACUCUCUCUAUCCUCCCAUCUCCCCUCCAGAGAAGAGUUGCCAACACAAUCUCAAGUAUUCACCUGAUAUAAUUAGCUCACUCUUCAUCAGCAUCUCUCUCCCACCCGCUGACCAGUCCCUUUCAUGUCUGAUGAGUUGUCUUCGGGGAUGGUUCCUGUCCUGUGCCAACAGAAGGUCUGGGGACCAUGGCCGCCGGGAUUCCUCUAGUCUCAGUGAGACCAUUAAGUUUGGUCUUUUUAUGAGAAUUUGGGGUCUGUAUCCCACUGAUCUCCUGCUCCCUCAGGGGUCCUCUGCUGUGCUCCCUGUCAGGGCAGUCAUCUAUUGUGGCCGGGCACCAACUAGUUCUUCUGGUCUCAGGAUGAUGUAGGUCUCUGGUUCAUGUGGCCCUUUCUGUCUCCUGGGCUCUUAGUUGUAGUGUGGCCUUGGUGUUCUUCAUUUUCCUUUGCUCCAAGUGGGUUGAGACCAAUUGAUGCAUCUUAGAUGGCCGCUUGUUAGCAUUUAAGACCCCUUUCUUUUCUCCCUGGCUGCUUUUAAAAUUUUCUCUUUAUCUUUGGUUUUGGCGAGUUUGAUGAUAAUAUGUCUUGGAGUUUUUCUUUUUGGAUCAAUCUUAAAUGGUGUUCGAUGAGCAUCUUGGAUAGAUAUCCUUUCGUCUUUCAUGAUGUCAGGGAAGUUUUGUGUCAGGAGUUCUUCAACUAUUUUCUCUGUGUUUCCUGUCCCCCCUCCCUGUUCUGGGACUCCAAUCACCCGCAGGUUAUCCUUCUUGAUAGAGUCCCACAGGAUUUUUAAGGUUUCUUCAUUUUUUUUAAUUCUUUUAUCUGAUUUUUUUUCAGCUAUGUUGGUGUUGAUUCCCUGGUCCUCCAGAUGUCCCAGUCUGCAUUCUAAUUGCUCGAGUCUGCUCCUCUGACUUCCUAUUGCGUUGUCUAAUUCUGUAAUUUUAUUGUUAAUCUUUUGGAUUUCUACAUGCUGUCUCUCUAUGGAUUCUUGCAACGUAUUAAUUUUUCCACUAUGUUCUUGAAUAAUCUUUUUGAGUUCUUCAACAGUUUUAUCAGUGUGUUCCUUGGCUUUUUCUGCAGUUUGCCUUAUUUCAUUUGUGAUGUCUUGAAGCAUUCUGUAAAUUAGCUUUUUAUAUUCUGUAUCUGAUAAUUCCAGGAUUGUAUCUUCAUUUGGGAAAGAUUUUGAUACUUUUGUUUGGGGGGUUGGAGAAGCUGUCAUGGUCUGCUUCUUUAAGUGGUUUGAUAUGGAUUGUUGUCUCCGAGCCAUCACUGGGAAACUAGUUUUUCCAGAAAAUCCGCUAAAAAAAAUGCAGUCAGAUCCCUAUCAGAGUUCUCCCUCUGGCUCAGGCUAUUCAGAUGUUAAUGAAGCCACCUGGGGAGGGUGGGGGAGGGAACAGAGAGAUAGGAGAGUAGCACCUCAGAAUAUAGCCAGAGUUGCUUGUCUUGCUUGGAAUGACGAUUAUAUCUGAGAUUCCCGUGGGGCGCGUCGCCUAUGUGUGCUGGCUGUGUGGAGAUUGCCCCCGGGGGGUCUGGCCCGCUGGAGUCACGGUCAGAUCCUCCGCUUCCAGCCCCACGCCCAGCGUCAAGGCUCCCCUGCUGGGACGGUGCACUCUCGACUCCAAAAUCAGUCGCUGCCUCCCGGGGACUUCUUGUCCCUCCCGCCGCGUUGCCGUGCCGCCCCCCUGAACCUGUUGGGCCCCGUCCCGGGGUUAGUUCAGGUGGGUGGAGCAGCUCCCCGUGCUUGUGCUGUGACUGAGUGUUCCAGCU